AUGGCCGAGGGAAAAUCCAGCAACCCCAUGCGGGAGCUCCGCAUUCAAAAACUCGUCCUCAACAUCUCCGUUGGCGAAUCCGGUGACAGACUCACUCGUGCUGCGAAGGUGUUGGAACAGCUGAGUGGUCAAACUCCUGUCUACAGCAAGGCCAGAUACACUGUCCGUACCUUCGGUAUUCGUCGUAACGAGAAGAUUUCCGUACACGUCACUGUCCGUGGACCCAAGGCCGAGGAGAUCCUGGAGCGCGGCCUCAAGGUCAAGGAAUACGAAUUGAAAAAGCAGAACUUCUCCGAAACUGGCAACUUCGGCUUCGGUAUCAGCGAACAUAUCGAUCUGGGCAUCAAGUAUGACCCCGGUAUUGGCAUCUACGGAAUGGACUUUUACUGCUGCAUGUCCCGACCUGGUGAACGCGUCGCUAAGCGCAGACGAUGCAAGUCCAAGAUCGGCGCCAGCCACAGAAUCAACCAGGCCGAAACGAUCAAAUGGUUCAAGACUCCCUUCCAGGGAAUUUCAAAAGGGAGCUGGGGGGUAAAUAUUUCAUCUUUCUCUUUUUCUUUUUAUCAAUCUACCAUGACGCCGAAAGAGGAAGCGAUUGGGAAAUCUGCGACCCAACAACGUCCGGACACCGGUGCUUAA